UACAAUGGAUUGUCGAGAACAGAAUGUACUCCGUAUUUCCCCCAAAGGAUUUCAGCUUUUAUAUCACCAUCUCCCACCACGGACAAUACACAUGUUUAUUAGCCUUCUGAAUGCUGCUCUGUACCUAUACGCUACUUAAUAAUAUCUCUGCGUAGUAGGGCCAUGGUCAGAUUUCAUGCAGAAAAUACCGUUGUGUCGAGGCCUGCUUGUUUUGCGUAUAUUUAUGAUGCACUUGGCUAAUGCCAUGUUUAGCCAUGUAUAUGUUGCAUUUUACAAUUAUUUAAGUUCCACAGUAUUUAUAUUAGAUAGUCGGUACACUGUGGUAUUUAAUAGUUAAUUGCGCAAUCGCCUAAAUUUGUAUUUAUUUAAAUAUCUUCAAUAGGGUUCCCACAAGGAACCGCAUCCUUUGCGUAUUGUAAUCGUUGCCAAUGUAUACUUACCCUUUUGCUACGGCAGUCAGUUCUGCACACAUGUCAAUUAGCUUCGCUAUUGCAAAAACAUAGCCCGCUGAAGCAUAUUGUUGCUUUUCUGCAAGCGAACCAAAUUAUAUUUUUCGAUUAAAAUGUUGUGGUCGUUUUACAAAAUGAAGGCGAAUACUAAUGGAAUUUUGUCAUUAGGUUUCCGUUCAUGUUAAACCGCAAUCCACUAAUCCCUAUUUUCUGGUAAAAACUACGACUUGUAAUGACAUGUUUUCAGUAUUAUAUAAUCCUUAGCAACUGCUUCAAACAGGGGGCGAUAGGAAUUGCUUUGAAUGUCAAAGAGAAUGACCCUGUAAAAACAAUCUUAAUUUUGGCAAGCAUAAUACAUUUGCAAGUGUAUUUGUGCAAAUACACUUUAUUAAACAUUUAUAUGUGAUAAAACCAAACGUUAUCUUGACGUUUUAUGUACGUUGUAGCUUUACAUGUGUAUUUACAACAUCCCUGUUAUGGAAGGAAAUCUGUUUUGGUAACGCGUGCUAAAAAUUAGCAAUUAUUUCAACACUUUUAUAUCGAGGGGCUUUUUAUUUAAUAUAUGAUGUGCACAUUAUUACACCCUUUGCAAAUGGGCCACAAAUAAUAAGUCGCGUGCCCAUGAGCUGGCAAGACCUUAACAACACAAAUAUUGCCAAAAACAUUUGUUUUAUCAGCGUGACGUGAAAUCGAUGUUUCACGCAUAGCAUCGUUUUUUUGUGUUUGUGUGUGUUUAGAGAGAGGAUCUCUUGCUGGUCCCUUGUGUUUUUGAGUUGUUUUUCAGUUCUCCUUAAAGGGUAAACCCCCCCCCCCCCCUACAAGUGAGGUCAUCCAAUAGGGUCGGUAGGGGGGUGGGAUGCUUGGGGUCAAGGCGUUGUCACGUGGUCUUUGCCGCAUAAUUUUUCUCGACGAGCGGUACGCGGUGGUGGGCCGAGGCCGACCAAGUAGGGGGAUGUUGUAAGUUCGGCGGCUUCGUCAAUGCCGACGUUCUCUCUCUAUGUCGUAGUGUGGACUUGAAGGCCUCCACCCAACCCCAAGUGACCCGACAGAGCAAAGCGCUUUCUCAGGAAAGUAGGCCCGCGCCUUUUGGGAGGACAGAAUGAGCCCGAUCCUAUCCGAAAUGGACAAUUACAACAUCAACAAGGGGGGCGUCCUACUGGAGCCGUUCGUGCACCAGGUGGGAGGACACACGUGCGUCCUCCGCUUCAACGACGCCACCAUCUGCAAGCCGCUCAUCAAGCGCGAGCACCAGGUGUACGAGGGCCUGCCCCUCGACAUCGCGCGCUUCGUGCCGCAGUACAAAGGCAUCGUCUCGGUCAGUUUCGAGGAGGACGAGGAAGGAAAGACGAGCCUCAUCGCCUACCCGCAGACGGAGGGAGAGGAGGCCUCGGGCGGUCGCUACGAGCGCAAGUACUCGCUCGAGUGCGGGCAGCCCAAGCGCAAGCAGCCGCGCUGGGACAACAACAAUUGCAACGGUGGUGGCGCCGCGCCCUCGCCGUCUGGCAACUCCGAACAGCAGCCGCACACCGAUGCCGGCAAGCAGAAGUCGUCCUCGGUGGAGAAAAGGAGGCAGGAGAAGUCUUGUGAGGUUGGUGUGAAGUCGGAGGUGGCGUACUACAAGCGGGACUCGAGCACCGAGAACCUACCAGCAGAGAUGCGCGGGAACCCCUGGAGCAUGGAGUGCCACCAGCAGCAGCUGCAGCGCAUGAAGGACAAUUCAAAGCACAAGAACCAAUACAGAUUCCUUCUACUGGAGAACCUGGUGUCUGCGUACAAGUGGCCAUGCAUCCUGGACCUUAAGAUGGGCACGCGGCAGCACGGUGAUGACGCAUCCGAGGAGAAGCAGGCGCGGCAGACGCACAAGUGUCAGCAGAGCACAUCGGCCGUCCUGGGCGUGCGCGUGUGUGGCAUGCAGGUGUACAGGGUAGACGCUGCUCAACACAUGUUCAUGAACAAGUACAUCGGGCGCAAGCUGUCUGUGAACGGCUUCAAGGAGACGCUGACCCAGUUCUUCCACAACGGACAGCGCCUGAGGAAGGACCUCCUGGAGCCCGUGCUGCGCAAGCUCUCUGAGCUCAGGGUGGCACUGGAGCGCCAGGACUCGUACCGCUUCUACUCCAGCUCCCUGCUCAUCAUCUACGAAGGCCAGGAGUGCUGGACGUCGAACUCUGAGGCCAACGAUAGCACAGGGGAGGAACCCGGUUGCGACGGCGCAGGCGUGGACGAGGCGGUGAAGGUGGACGUGCGCAUGAUCGACUUCGCGCACACGACGUGCCAGCAGUUCACCGACGACUCCGUGGCCUACGAGGGGCCGGACUCCGAUUACAUCUUCGGGCUGCGCAACCUCAUCCACAUCCUCAAGCAAAUCAAGCACGAGCACGAGAACGUGGGCCCCAGCAGCUCGGUGCACGAGGAGGAGAGUGGCGAUUGAAGAAGGCGCUCCUCGCCACCGCCCGUGGUUUUUGAAGUGUGAAUUGUCGUUGAUCCUGACGCACAGGAGAGGAAGGAAAAUAAAGCGUUGGCACAGACGGCGCCGUUAACCCUGGUGUUGAGUUGCUCCACCAGCAAAGUAGCAGGGAGUUGUUCUUUAAAACCUGUUGGAUGUCGGACCCUUUGCUUUCCGGGUAGACUCGUACAAUUUUCAGAGCUGUCACCAGCGGUAUAUUUAUUCGGACAACGCAAGAAACAACAACUUUAGGAUAACGUGCGAGGAAGAUGCGCAGAUGACGUUUGAGAACACUUAGUAAAUGGCUCUUAUAAACUGUUGACAUUGUUGGUUCUUAAUUUCAGAAUUGUUUCAGAAAGGCAUGGACUCGGAUGGAUGCAUUUUAUACGUGUUAUCAGAAGCAACACUUGACAUGAAGGUUGACUGUGCAGGCUGCAAGAUGCAUGCUGUUCCUGCUUGUUCAUUUCUGAUGAACAAGUUAAACGGUCACGAUUUGGAUAAUUUUUUCGCAUUUCACAAUGAAAACUUGAGCUUUAAAGGGUUACAUUUUUAUCCUGGGAGGUUGAACUCUGCGAGAUUACAAUGGCAUUCUGAGAAUGUAUAUUGCAGUUUAUUCCUAUAUAUAUCUCAGCCUGAGAGGCAUGUUCGUCUUAUAUAGUGUUACUUAAAUUAAGGAGGCUUUUCCGGUCUCGGAAGUGAGGACACUAAAAGGAGGGACCAAAAGUAAAAUGUUAUUCAAACUAAGCGAUGUUGUGUUUACAAUGAUGUUUUCGAUGGAGCGGGCAGUCUCCAGCAUUUUUUUGUCGUCGCAUCGCAAAUGUUUGCACUUCCCUGUUUUCUCGCACACCCGUUAACGUGGAAUAUAAGCCGCUAUAUUCCAUUUGCAUAUUUAUUUAUAUAGUGUAAUUGGGUGAUGUUUGUUGAGGGGGGGGGUGGCUAAGACACAGGUGUCUGACCUUCCGUGAUAAUUUGGAGUGAUCGUAUAUAUUGAAGUUCUCUAUAUAAUAAAGAAAACCGCAGUA